CUGCUGGGACAAGAAAAGCUUGCUGAAUGAAAAGGCUUUCCAAUUGCCAUGUGAGUAUGCUCCUCCCGCCGCAGCUGCGAGGCACCACCGGGUAAUGCCCGGCCGGCGUUGGUGGCUGCGGGCCGUCCUCUCACUCCUCACGUCUCAGUGGCCGGCACGGGAUGGCCUUGCGGGUGGAGUGCACGGUGAUGCCGGAGGACCUGCGAUGAGGCAACUUUUACUACAUCUCCAGCUUCUGAGAAACAUCAGAAAAAUGGAAAUUGGGCGGCUCUAUCUGGACAAAGUGAAGCCUCUCGCGUCGCCUCCCCCGCGGGCGGCUCGGGAGGGCUCAGUAGCUGCCGCCGCCGCCUAGUGACCCUCCAGCGCCCUUCUCCCCCUCCGCCGCUGCCGAUGGUCGGCAUCGGGCAAAGUCUGUGCGUGCGACGGCGGCGGCGAAGGGUCUCGCCUCCCUCUCCCAGAUCCGAGGCGCCGCGGGCGUCCUGAUCCGCAGGGUGCGGCCCUCCCGACGGUGUAGUGGAUCCCGGAGGCGGCGGGCUCGCGGCGGUGCACGGGUGCCCAGAUCCAUGGGUGUGGGACUCCCGGCAGCGUGCGGGCUCCCGGCGGCGGCGGGAUCGGUCGACGGCGGGCUUGGGCGAUGGCGUCGGCCGCAUGGUGCCGGAUCUCGUCGCUCGUGGAGGAUCUCGCCACUCCGGCCAUCAUGGAGGAACCUGGACCUGGGGCGGCGGCCCCAUUAGGCAUGGCGACGGCGCCCUUGGCCGGCGACGUUCGUGGGGGCUGGAUGGAUGGCGUCUUGACCGCAUGGGCGAUGAGGUGCCGGUGGAUCUCCUCCGCGCUGCAGGCUCUCUCCCUCUGCACUUGGUGGCUUACAAUCGCGGUCGUCGGCCUCGGUGUGUUCGCGGGGGCUGGUAGAGGUGCCAUCGGACCGGAAGAAACUCUGGAUGACUUGUUCAUCCCAACGGUGGCGACGAUCAGGGUCGUCGUUCUCCUCCUUUCAGACACCGUCGAGGUCCCUGCCCUCCAAAAUGACCCCAUGCCCGGGUGAAAACCCAAAAUCUCCUUGCAGGCGCAUGGGGCGUUUGGGCGCUCGGUUAGAGGAACUGCAGGCGGAGGGGAUGGGACCAGUGGCAACGGGUGGUGUUCGCGACGGAGGAGCGGCGUGGCAUCUAGCACGUCGACAACGGCGGGUCUCAGCGGCAUGGAGCAGCGGGGUCUCGCCAGUGGACGUGUGAUGAUGGACGAGCGCAGGAUGGUGGCGUUGUGGUGGCGUCGACGG